UUGUUUAUUUGUAAAAUAAUAGCAUGGACGAGAUAGCUCUCAUUGAUGUACCCAAAUUCAUUGAUGUAGUGUUUGAAAAAACUGGUCAAAAGAAAGUGAGUUACAUAGGAUAUUCCGUGGGAACGACAUUAGGCUUUAUGCUUUUGUCUGAAAAACCUGAGUAUAAUGAUAAGAUAAAUAUAGCCAUUCAUAUUGCUCCAGUUGCUUACUUUACACCUCCAUUCAAACCCCUUGUAAACACGCUUUUAGCCCUUGUACCAGCAGUAGAGGUAAACAUAUCUGGUGAUAAUAAUAAUGCAUAAUUCAAGUACACUCGUACCUUUGCUGGUGAAACUCUGAUUUUUUUAUGAUUUACAGGCACUUUCCGCGGCAAAGCAAAUCUAUCAAGUACUUCCGCUGUCAAAAGUUAAUCAAAUCGUAGGAAAAGAUAUUUGCGCUACUGAACUUGGAAAAACGUUGUGCGGAACAUUUUUAAGUCCACUUGGAAACAUUAAAAACUUAAACUUCGUGAGUUUACGUGAUCAAGUUCAUGACAUACUGUAUGAUAAUGUAAAUAAGGAUGCCCAUACAAACGGUUAAUUGGCACCCAAUGGACGUGUAUAUGAAAGCGAUAUCAUCGUUCGGAUGUGGCAAGCUUAUACAUUCAAUGAUUAAAUCUUUACUCCUGAACCGCAAGAAAAAUUAUAAAAUCCGUAAAAA